AUGGCACAAAAAAUCUCAAGGGUCGCCGUCAUCGGCGCUGGCCCUGCUGGAGCUAUCACUGUCGAUGCACUCGCUCAAGAGAAAAAAUUUGAUGUCAUUCGGGUGUUUGAGAGGAGGGAGAAAGCUGGUGGCAUAUGGAUAAAUGAUGCAAACGAGCAUCCCAAGAUUCCAUCUCUUCGCAAGUUGGUUGAUGGAAAAGCUGACGAACCAAUUCCAACACCUUCUCUCCUUCCUACAACUACACCCCAAGACCAGAAAGUCAACAGCAAGGACUACCGCUACAACUAUACCCCAAUCUACCCCGGAUUAGUCAGCAACAUAGAUGAUCGGAUCAUGAGCUAUACGAAAGAGCCAUUCCCGUUGACCAAUUCUGAGGGUGUCACUGAUCCUCAUAUCCCAUUUCGCAAUAGCGAAGUUAUUCGUGAAUGGGUUGAGAGUCUCCUCGAUCGGAAAGGUUAUCGUCAUCAUGUCGAGUAUAAUACCACCGUUGAACUGGCCGAGAAGAAAGGAAAUGAGUGGAUUCUUACUCUGCGGAAGACAUUGCCCGGUGGAAAGCACAACUAUUGGUGGCAAGAAACAUUCGACGCGGUCAUUGUAGCCAGUGGACACUACCAUAUUCCACACUUUUCGGAAGUGCCUGGUAUUAUCGAGUUCGGUGAGAACCACCCGGGCGCCGUGGAACAUAGUAAGAUGUUCCGUGGACCUGAGAAGUACCGUGGAAAGACUGUUGUGACAAUUGGCGCAUCUGUCUCGGCAACGGAUAUUGCUAGGUCUAUUGCAGGUGUGGCGAAGAAUCCCGUGUAUGCAUCGAUUCGCGAACCACAUCGCUUAUUUGGCACUGUGCCAUUUGAACAUCCUCAAAUAGCAUUGAAACCGAAAAUAUCCCGUGUAUCAACCUCCCCAAGCAGUCGAACUGUGUACUUCGAAGAUGGCAGCGAGGUUCAUGACGUGGACCACAUUAUCUUUGCCACUGGCUAUGAUUUUAGUUUACCAUUCCUCCCGUCUAUAAAGAUCGCCAACCGCAGGAUUCUCGGAACAUAUCAACACAUCUUCAAACAGGAAGAUCCAACUUUGGCGUUUGUCGGCGGCGUGUCGGCGGGAUUCACAUUCCUGGUAUUCGAAUGGCAGGCCGUUCUUGUGGCAAGAUUCUUUGCCGGACGCGCCCAGCUACCUUCGUUAGAGGAACAGCAACGCUGGGAAAAAGACCGACUUGCCACUAUUGGUGAUGGCCAGCCAUUUUAUAAAAUCGCCCCACAUUUUGAGGAGUAUUUUGAAGCACUGCGUAAGCUGGCGGGAGAGCCUGGCCCUGACACUCCUGGACGGCGUCUCCCGAAGUGGAAUCCAGAAUGGUUGAAAAUUGUAGAGCAAACCAUCAAGAAUAGAAUUGCGAAGUGGAAGGAAGGGGCCGAACUUGCUAAACAGCAAACGAUUCAUUUGAAGAACGAUAAAGGACCUGAAAGGCUUUCUCGGCUUUGA